CUAUCUAUCUAUCUAUCUAUCUAUCUAUCUAUCUAUCUAUCUAUCUAUCUCUUUAUUUAUCUAUCUAUCGCUACCUCUAUAUAAGGCAAAUAUUGGUGUCCUGUGCAAUACAACGAGAUUAAGAAGAACGGAGAAAGAAAGCGACGCUUUGUUGGAGUGGAAAAGGAGAGAUACCUAGGGAGAUAGUAUAAGAGAGAAAUAUAUAGGUCUAAACAAGGAGAGUAAGGAGAAAAGGAAGAAGAAAUAGUAAACAAGAAGAGGAAGAAGGUUCAAAAGCAAGAAGAAUAACAAGAACGACAACGUGAGAGAAUAAAGGAAAAGCUAAAAGAGAAUAUGAAUCGGGCAAUCAGGAAUGUGAUUGUGUUUUAUCUGGUAUAUUCCUCGGUUUCUAUGCUGUUAGGUUAUGCUGCAAAACUACCUUGUAAAGAUGAUCCGAAAUAUAGAUGCCAUCCUACAAAAUCGAACCUUUUUAUUCGUUGCACCGGCGGGAAACUCUACCAGUUCUUCUGCCCCAUUGAACUUAACUUCAAUACAGUUACCCAAACGUGUGAUUGGCCGAAGAAAGCCGAUUGCAGCUGGUUGGUUGGCAACAACGUCGAGAGCAAUGAUACGGCAACCCCUAAAAACAGCGAUGCGGCCGGUGCCAGGAAAAUAGACAAAGAUGAUGCUGUGAACGGUGUCGAUGGUGAUGGCGAUGACGAUGGUGAUGAUGGUGGUGACAGGCGUAAAAACUAUUAUUAUUAUUAUCAUCGUAACAAAGAAGGGCGAAGCAAAAGCACGACCAAAAACUGGUCGAUUGGGACCGAAUCAAAGACAACUACGAGGCGUCCUUGGUGGAAACCGAAACAGCGCCCUCAGGCAACAAGGUUCCCGCCCAUACCAACAAACCGGGAGAAGAAGAUAGCCAGAAGUCGUCCGGCCUACAGAAACGGACCCCGCGAGAGAGUGAAGCCAAUUUGGAAAGGAUCCUGCGAAUCCAGUGACUGCUACCUCCCCCACUGCCAUUGUCCCGGUGCGAAAAUUCCUGGUGGACUGUCCGUCCAAGAAACUCCAAUGAUGGUCAUGAUCACAUUCGAUGACGAAAUAUCCGCAGCUUAUUACGGUUACUUCCAGCGUCUCUUUCGCCCGGGCCGCUACAAUCCGAACGGCUGUCCAUUCCGUGGGGCAAUGUACGUCUCUGGUGAAGGCACCGACUACGAUCUCGUCUAUCCUCUGUACGCAAUGGGCAACGAAAUUGCCUGUCACACGGUGAGCCAUCGCUUCCCGCAUACAUGGUGGGCCAACGCCAGCUACGAAGAGUACAUGUCCGAAAUUCAAGGUAUGAAAAAUAAUUUGAUAGAGAAAUCCGGAAUACCUGCAGAAGACAUCAAAGGUUUUCGCGUUCCGUUCCUUCAGCUCGGUGGAGACAACAUGUAUCGCGCCGUGUAUGAUGCCGAUUUAGUUUAUGACACGUCCAUGUUUACAGGUCCUGUUUGGGAGGGCAGCGAAGAUCCGAUUUGGCCCUUCACGUUGGAUUUUGUACCCGACCAGAAAUUUUGCCAGCAUGGGCCGUGCCCGAAGCGGCAGUACCCAGGCUUGUGGGAAAUCCCAGUCCAACGUUGGUAUGGAGUCGAUGGUCAUUCGUGUGCCAUGCCUGAUGGCUGCACGUCGACAGCAUCGACGGAAGAAGCGCUCCAGUUUCUGAGGAAGAACUUCUAUAGUUAUUACAACAGUAACCGGGCCCCGCUCGGUAUAUUCGUGCAUGCGCGUUGGUUCCACACGGAGCACCACCUGGAGGCACUCGAUGCCCUUAUAGACGAACUAAUGCAGCUGGAUGAUGUAUGGAUUGUGACUCCUACUCAAGUGCUGGAAUGGAUGAAAAAACCUACGUCCAUAUACGAAAUACAGUUUUUCAAACCGUGGAGCUGCGAAGGAGCAAUGAAAGAAGCAUCCAGACGAAAGUAA